AAACAAGGAAUGGAAAUACAUGUACCCUAACUGAAACAAAUGAAAGUGCUCAUGCUAUCAACCACUAGUUUACCUGGCCAGACUCGAUUGUUUACAGCCGCCAUAGUAUGUCUCUGACAGCAGCGUAACAAGCACACACCGUACUGUAAACCGAUAAGACUCUCAUCCUGCGCUGAUAUAUAAUCUGUGGCCUGCAUUUGGUGAGAAGUAGGUUAACCAGAGCGUGAAGUCGUCACUAACACGAGGGGGUUAUGAAGAACAGGUAAAUGCGUGUUGUGACUCAAACCUUUGUCAAACCAUGCUCAUUCACCUGAACGAAAUUGUGUUUUGAUAGAGGCAGUCGACAUCACACAAUGUAUGGAUAACGUGAGCUGUCCCAAACCGGAAUACAGGGGACGGUUACAUACACAUGUAUCAGACUGGCCUAACGACAACUACCCAUAGCUGUGGACAGCACCGUGGCUGAAGCUCUGUCCAGGAAGGUCCGUCUGGCCUGUUUCAUCACCGCCAGGGAGGUCAACAUGGAGACAAAAUUGAAGGCCGUCAAUGAGACGUGGGGCAAGAGAUGUGACAAGAUGAUGUAUGUGAUGACAACAAACAAAACAGGGCCGGACAUAUUAGGAGUGACCAUUCCCGACUCCCAUCGCACUCUCACAGAGAAAAUCGUCCAUGCUUUCACACACAUGUAUAGUACAUCACUAGACGAGUAUGACUGGUUCCUCAAGGCUGAUGAUGACACAUAUGUCAUUGUGGAAAAUCUCAAAUUUCUUCUCGCGCAUCUAAACGCCAGCAAACCUGUCUACGUUGGCGACCACUUCGCACCCUUCUCACCUAACGGGUACAUGGGUGGUGGUGCGGGGUAUGCUGUCAGUAGGGAAGCUCUCCGUCGACUGGUGGAGCAGGGUUACAGAGUGCCAGGUAGAUGUCGCCACGCUGGAGGAAGUGAAGACAUCGAGACCGGGCGAUGCAUGUACAAGGUUGCGGUGUCUACAUAUCUUUCAUUAGACAAGUACAACAGAUCGACCUUUCAUGGUGCAAAUCCUGACACAUUCCAAGUUGGUGUAGCCAACUUUAUCUCCGGGUUUUCUGCCAACAAAUACCACUCGGGCCCUGAGUGCUGCUCACAGCUGACCAUAAGCUUUCACUAUGUGAAACCGGAGUUGAUGAGAACUCUGGAUAUGUUCCUCUACCAGAUCACUGUGUUUGGUCGGAAGGUGAAAUACAAGGAGCUCUGGAAUCUGUUUCGAGCCGAGGAGUUUCACAUACCACAAGAACGUCGGAGGCGCCCUUACCCAGGGGAGACAAUUGAGGAGUACUACAAGAAUGCUACAGAGUGGAGACUGAAGAACACAACUAUCUAUAUUCCAGACAAGACGAAACCAAAGAAAAAAACAGGAGCGUGAGUCUGGAGUCAGGAAUUGUGUCUUGCUAUUUACAUGAGCAACUUUUUUUUUUCGCCAAUUCGAUAAAUAAAUACAUGGAUCUUUUCAAUACUAUGGUAUUCAGCCGAAUCUAAAUUUCAGGCUUGCAAUAUUUUUAUUUUUAUAUUUUAUAAACACUGUGUCAUCUGUCAGACUUCGUUAUGUGAGGAACAUUGUUUUGGAACUGAAACAUCCUACAGUGACAUGGAAGGAGACAUUGAAAGAAUACGGGGUAUAUACUAUUGAACUGGGAAAUCUA